CGAGACGCGCUCUGUGCACCUGUCUUACCUGCUUGAGCCAACGUCCGCAGACAAUUUGGUGAAAUUCUCUCCAAGCCCGAGACAUGCUCAUCGCAAACCUCCACGAACAGGCUUCUUGGAUCUACAGAUGUUUGUGUGUUUCCUCCGGCGCACUCGGUAACGCAGUCAUGAUGCAUCACAAUAGGAAGUACUCGCCACCGCGCUUCUGCGCCGUCGGGUCACCGCUAGCCCUGCCUCAGCUGAACCGAUUACCCACCCUUCGGGUGGAAGAAGCUGAGCUGAUGGAGAAGAAUUCGCCGAAAGCCAAAUCCAGAAUGCGCAAUGCCAUGGUAAAGGCGGUGAGGAGAGCUCCGUCUCCCCAGAGGCCGCGAGUCUUUCCAAACCCCGCGCAGAGCGACCCGCUACUGAAGGUGGCAGAGAACGGGGCAGCCGGACAGCGGUCUAGAAAGAGGGGCUUCAAACCCCCGGAUGUGAGGACGAUAUUCGACCCCCGCGUGAAAGAGGAGAAAGGAGAGGGACACACGUUUUGUGAGGACGCGACGUACGCUUGGUGCGAUGUGUGUUGCUCCUAUAUUUUUCACGGUGGCUUGACAUGUACAGGUUGUAAAUACACGUGUCAUGCUCAGUGCCGUGACCAGGUGGCGCUAGACUGUCAUCAGAACGGGUCCAUUAAUGGCUGCCCCCUCAACCCUCUUGCUCAGGACCAUCUUAACAACAAUCAGUCCUCACACAGCGAUGUGGAGAAAGAGAAAGAGCUGCGCACUCAUCUCACUUGCGAGGACAUCAGACAGAAGGUCGAGCAGUAUAACACAAAGUCACGUGACCACUUUAAAAUGACACUGAAUACUAACGGCAUGUACACAGGCUUCAUCAAGGUGCAGUUGGACCUGCGGAGGCCCAUUACAGUGAAAGGAGGCGGGGUAGGUGGGGUCAAAGGUCAGGAGGCGUUUUACCUUCCGCGUGGCUCCAUAAACACCCUGCACAUCAGCAGCACCAACACUGUGCGACAGGUGAUCGAAGCGCUGCUGAAAAAGUUCACCGUGGCCGAUAACCCUGCCAAGUUCGCCUUGUUCAAACGCUUCAGCAGAGAAGACCAAGUGUACACCUGUAAGCUCUCAGAGGAAGAGAACCCUCUCUUCCUGCGUCUGGUGGCGGGACCCAGCACAGACACACUCAGCUUCGUCCUGAAGGAGCAGCAAACUGGUGAAGUCAUGUGGGACGCCUUUUCCAUCCCCGAGCUGCAGAACUUCCUCCGCAUCUUGGAUAAAGAGGAACAGGACCAGAUCUGCUCGAUAACCAGACGUUACAAUGCCUACAGAGAGAAACUGGAGGAGGCCAUGAGAGCGACGGGUGGCCCGGGAUAAAGCCAACAUGUUACGAGAAGGAACUGUAGCACUGCUGCCUCUAGUGCUCACUGUGUGUAAUGAACACCGUGCCAAGCGACACCCAGUCUCAGAAACUCAGAGGAGAGCACUGAGCUCCCAGAAUGCACCUCAGGUGCCAUAUUUACCCAUCCACCGUCUUUCACACUUUCAGUUGUUUCUCAUGUUCUCUGUUCUUUUACCUCUUGUGAAAGAUGCAAACGUGAAAAUCAGAUCUUUUUUUUAUUUAAUUGUUGGAUGUUGUGGUUUGUACAUAUUUCUGUUCGUUUUAAUUUAUGUGGGUGAUUUUUUUAUUUUUUUUAUUUUACUAAGAGUCUUUAUUUUAUUUCAAAUAUACUUAAAGACCAGAUAAUGAGAAACUGGUGGGAUUGCGGAUUUAUUUUAUUUUAGAUUUAAUACAAAAUGACUCAUAAUGUGCCCUACCAAAGAUAAUGUUGAUGUGCUGUUGACAAAAUGAUAACCUGAUGGCCACAUGAGACCAAACAGACAGGAAGCGCAUGUUCGUGAAGGAGAAGAUUGAAUGUGGUGAUGUAGGGACAGGAAAUGAGGACUAAAGCAAUGUCAUAAUCAUUGGCCGCUGAACAGAUGGCUUAAAUGCAAAUAAAUACCUUUUUAAAUCAGAGAAGAAGUAAGAAUUCUUAGGUGAAGUGCUGGAAUUGGAAGAUUGAGGAAGCUGGCGAAGUAGCAUAGAGGAUGUUGGAAAGAAUGACUGAUGUCGGUUGGGGUCAGAUGGUCUUAUCCAGUGAAUUAUGGGUCGUGAUGGCCUCUAGUUGAAGCAGAUAAUUAGUGAACGGGCCAUUUGCUGUUUGCCUUCCGUCAGCAACCCUGGAAAAUGUCUUAGAGAAUAUCUUCAAGAUAAACAACUGACUACACAAGUAAUGAAGAUUGUUUGUUUUGAAGCUGCAGCCUGGAAAUAGUAGAUUUAAGCUAGUUUUAUGUAUGAUGUAUAAUCACACUGAUCUGAUUUACUGUACCAAACGUUAAUUUCACGUGCAUUUCUGCAUUGCAUGGAGAUGUAGCUGAAACUGUUACUGUUGUGAGGUACAGUAAAAUAAAUGCAGACAGUGCUUCUUUGUCACGGCACACAAGGUCGACAUUAAUGAAGGUGUUUGAAAUGAUACUUGUGUGUCAGUAGGUGAUUUAAUAUGUAUACACAUUUAUAUUUCUAUAUGCUAGUGCUGCAUGACGGUUUUCUGAUUGGUACUGCAACAUUAUUGUCUAUUGUGACACGUGUAUAGCGAGGUAGCGGCACCUUAUGGUCACCUGCUGUAACUACAUCUCUGCAGUCUUCUCACCUGUGUGUUCAUUCGAUUAUUUUAGACAGACUUUGUGCUUUUUUUAAAAGAUUUAUUUCUUUAUUAUUAUCGGUUUUAUAACCUCUAACCAAAGAUCUAAACAAAAUGCAUAGUUUAAUUUAAGUUUGAUGCAAAUUGCCUGGUGCAAUCAGUUUUACACCUCAAAAAACGGAGGUUAAAUUACAGUAUCUAUCAUGUAUGAUGGUUUUACCAUGGCAACUUUAAUUGUAAACACUGGGUUGAAUAUAAAUUAGAGUAAUUAGUGUAACUGUUGUCUCAAUAUAUGCAAUCAAAGACGAUUUUGCAGGGGAAUAAGACCAGUAAUCUUAUAAAUGCUUUUUGGGCACUUUAUGUUUUAAUUCAGGGAAUUAUUUUUGUUUUAUUAGUCUUCAUCAGAUGCCUAUUGUCUUCCACUGUUUUAAAACAGCAUUGCAUCUAGUGGAAGCUCAGUUAUGUUUUAUGGAAGUGUUGUUGUUGUUGUUUUUUUUAUUUUUAUUUUUUUUAUUAAAGCUGUUUCAGUACUUGAUUUUUAUUUUAUUUUUUCAUAAACAAGCUUAUGUUUGUAGAGUAAGACUGUGAAUGAAUGUUAAACUGUAUUUGUGUAGUAAAAGGGUGUGGAUGUGAAUAAACUGCUUCAGUAAUUUUGA